AUGCUCGGCACCGGUUUCGUUUCGUUCCUCGUUGCCAAACACAAAACGAAACGGAAUCAGAAGGCGAAUUUCCCCCUCUGGCAUGAAAUCUCAAGGAGACGAGGCUCAGGCAGCGUCACCUCGGCGUCAAGUGACCCUGCUGCUUCAUCUGGCUGCACAAGAAUACUCCAAGGCGACUGGGAGGCCGCACACCGUCUCCAUCGGCUCGCGCUAGCAGUGCUAAGCGACGCAAGCCCUCGCUAUUCUAUUCCUGGGGUCCGCUUUGAUAUCGAGGAGGUAACAGAGACACGUGCCUCUUCUUCUACCACUUCACGCACGCACAACUAA